AUGACAGACCGUUUCGCUCGCACAGAUGGAUCAACAACAGCACCAUGCAACACCACGGCGGGUCUUUACUGUGGAGGAACAUGGCGAGGAACCAUGAACCAACUGGACUACAUUCAAGGAAUGGGGUUUGAUGCUGUAAUGAUCUCCCCCAUCAGCGAAAAUGUCCAUGGCCAAGUCUACUAUGGCGAAGCCUACCACGGGUACUGGCCUGUGAACUUGUACAAUAUCAACUCUCAUUUUGGCACGCAUCAAGACUUGCUCGACCUCAGUGCCGCUGUUCACUCCCGGGGCAUGUACCUCAUGCUGGAUACAGUGAUCAACAACAUGGCCUAUAUUUCAAAUGGUAGCAAUCCCGCCACAAGUAUCGACUACUCCGUCUUCACACCCUUCAAUAACGCCGACUACUUCCAUCCCUACUGCAAAAUCACACAAUGGGAGAACAUGACCAAUGCCCAGUUAUGCCAGACAGGUGAUAAUUACGUCCCGCUGCCGGAUCUUUACACAGAGCACGCGGAUGUGCAACAGCUCAUGAUCAAAUGGGCGAACAAUGUCAUCAAGACUUACUCUAUUGACGGGCUCCGGAUUGACGCCGCCAAGCACGUCAACCCGGGCUUUCUGGAAAACUUUCGCAAGGGUGUCGACACUUUCAUGACAGGAGAAGUCCUUGAAGGAGCGGUCGACAUCAUGGUAGAUUACCAGACCAAUUACAUCGACAGCUUGCCAAACUAUCCGAUCUACUUCCAAAUAUUAGCUGCUUUCACCGAUGGCCAUACGUCCCUUUUGGCGCAAGAAGUGGAGAAGAUGAGAAUCUCGAUGCCAGACGUCAAUGCUAUGGCCUCUUUCUCUGAAAAUCACGACAAGCCUCGAAUUGGUAGCUUCUCCAAGGAUAUGGCGAUGGCUAAAAACAUCCUGGUGUUUACCAUGCUGUUUGACGGUAUCCCAAUUAUAUACCAAGGCCAAGAGCAACAUCUGUCAGGAAAUAGUGUGCCUGUCAAUCGAGAAGCCAUCUGGCACACCAAAUACGACACCAGCACAGAGCUCUACCAGCUGAUUGCAAAGCUAAAUCGCAUUCGGAACCACGCAGCCCACUUGAGCGCAGACUACUUCGAAGACUCGACUCAUCCUAUUUUCCAGGGAGGCAGUGAGCUUGCUUUCACGAAAGGUGUGCAGGGUCGACAAGUAGUCAUGGUGUUAUCCACUCAAUCCUCGACCAGUGGAGCCUACCAAAUCGACAUGCCAGUCAGCUACAAUGCCGGUACGGUGGUGAUGAAUGUUCUGAGCUGUAAGAACUAUACUGUCGACAACCAGGGUAUGCUGCAUGUCGACAUGGAUAAGGGAGAGCCCCGGGUUUUCUACCCUGCGCAAUACAUGGACGGUAUUGGUCUUUGUGGCUACCCUGAUUCCAACGUUUCCCUCACGACGUUGAAGACUCAAAAUGAGAAGACUUCGGCUGGAGUUCAAUCAACUAGUGGUACCGGUCUAGCUGCUCUCCUGCUAGCAGUGGUCAGCAGCAUCUUCGUGACAUUCCUUUGA